CCAAUUUAAGGGAUGAAAGUGCACCUUUGGCCGACGUUGUGUUAUUUUAGUUGUCUGUCUCUCGUGACUACCAAUUCAAAAAUUUGUCUAAAAUAUUCUUCUUCAGACUAAAUCCAAAAGCUAACAAAAUCAGUCUAUCACAAAACUAUUAACAAGUUUUCGAGGACUCAAUUUAAGCGGAGUACGACCUCUUUCUGGCAACACUUAGUAGCAUGCAAAAGCAAGUUUUAUAUUCCAUAGCUUAUUUAUAAGGUUAUGCCUUUAAUUAAUUAAUUUUGGGGUAGAUCUUAAGCCAACGUAGGUAAUUUUCGAACUCAAUUCGAAAUUUUUAGUAAAAAAAGAUUUAAAGCAUGAAAACGCUGUAAAUAACUAUUUGUGGCUGCGAUCUAAGAAAAGAAGAGAAUGAACGGAAGAUUCUUGUUUCUGAAAGUUGUAAGUCUAGGAUUUUGAAUUUGGGAACAAAAAACUUACGACAAGCUUAUCUACUAAGAUCGUAACCGAGAUUUAAAAAUGACGGCAAGACAGACAUGGUCAUAUAUACUACCUUACCUUUCCGAUGAGUAUUUCUAUGUAUUGCAAAGAGUAAAUCUAAUGCAUUACCUGUCGCAGCCAAGUAACCACGGCAACGACACCCAAAGUCGAACGGCAAACAUAGAAAAUUUUUUCUUUAAAUUUAAAGAGCUAUGGCCGAGGAACUGCAAAAAGCGGGUUUAUUUAUUGAUGACAUUUAUAGGCUACGAGUUCAAGAUCCUCGUAUAGCCAAUGAGACGAAUGAGUUGCGCGAAGAAUGUUUGGAAUACGCUAAUAAGUUGCAAGAAUUUAAAAGUCUGGCCGAAGAGUUCCAUAAGUUACUUUAUAAUUAUGGUAAAGAUGUAGAAAAGGAAAAAUUAAGAGCCAUAGCCACGCAAAACCAAUUGAAGACUAUGGCCAAGCAACGCCUAGCGGAGCAGCAAAUGUAUCAGAGCAAAAUCCAUGAGAAAAAUCUGGAAUUGGAACGCUUAAAAAGUGAAUAUCAAUACUUGCAACGCAUUGAAUCGGAGCAGCAAGAAGUCAUCAAUUGCUUCCUAAUGAAUCAAUAAAUCGUUUUUCAACAAAAUUU